GUCUGCAAAAACACAACUCUACUCCUUAUUGCUCUUAUACAAAUUCUCAAAAUGUCGAGAAGUUCAAGACCAUCAACGGCAGAAAAUCUGCGUAAAUCGCAGAAGCCAACACAGGUUUUAAAGAAACCUGCGCCUCGCAAUAGAUCAUAUGAUGGGGAUGCAUUCGUCAAUCUCUUUGGUCAUCGCGGGGCUCGAGACAUCAUGAUUUUGGACAGUCUUGGCGUUCCCCUGCGAUCCACUUGCAGUCAGAGACGCACUUUUCACUAUGUCACCAAUCUGAAGCCUCUUCUCUUUAUGGCCCGCAAUGUGGUGAGGGACUUGGAUCCCUCGAAUGACAUAACAUUCAUGCGGAUUCGAUCCAAUAUUGGUGAAAUUCACAUGACACUGGGCACCGAUUUUAUUUUGAUUAUAGUGCAAAAACUACGGAAGCUCAGAAGAAGUUCGGCACUAUAAAAUAAUUCACUAUUGCGUUGCGUGCGUUUGUGUGCGGAAGUUAAUUGCAGUGUACCCUUGUCGAUCCACUAAAAAUUAAAUUCGAUGCAAUUAUGGCAAA